CAGCUGCAGCCACUGCAGCUGCCGCAUUGGGAGGUGGUACAGGAUCUAAACUGGGCUCUAAAGCGGGCUCUAAAAAGGCAUCUGCAAAGGCACCCCCAGUUAAAAGCUCGAAAGUGGGAUCCAGAGUUGCACCAGCAUCUACACUAGUGCUUAGCCCAGAGGAGGAAAGGAAGCAGUUGGAACAUAGCAUCGCGACACUGCAAACUGCUCUUUUCGCUUGUGAGAAAAAAGUAACAAUACUUUCAUUAUUUGUUGGAUACAACAUACGUAUUCCAUUUAUAUGAUGGACCAGGUGUGCCAACAAAGCAUUCGCACUCUUCACCAGCUGGACUCACUUCAGUGCAUUCCCACAAUGAACUUGGUCACGAAUGCUAACGUACCAAGCCUGAAGUAUUCACACUUAUUGCGUAUUCGAAUAUAGUCUAUUACUGAGCUUGCAAUCUUAUUACGAGUUGGGUCUCAAGUACCCUUGAUGCAGCAGUGUGUCCUCAACGUAGAUGUUUGUCGAGUGAUUUUUGUACAUCAUAAUCUGAAGAGAAUGAAAUUAAGAAUCUGAACUAUUUGAUUCUUUCAGCUCAUUGAAACCAUCCAAGCAACUGUUGGGUUCGGGUUUCUCUUGCAGGUAAAAAUGGUCGAAUACUUGGAUAGGAAACAAAAAGCUGAGAAGUCCAAUCCUCUUACUACUACUCGCAUAUACUGGUGUUUAGGAUUGGGUGAGACUGCUGAGGAACUUAUUAAACAUGUCACAGUGCCUCACAUGUUCAAAGCUGUCUUCAAGUUGGAAAAGAAGCCGCCUCUUGAAAAUGUUCAGCUCUUUGAACCUUCCCCUAUGCCGCCUUUUAUAAAGGAGCUGCUCGCCCUUGCGCAAACCAACAAACUCGAACAUCCUGCCAGGAAGAUCCCUGUUUUAGAUGUCCUGUAUGAGGACCCACCACCACCUAAGCUUGUGGAACUAGGGGGAGAGAAUGGAAAACCGGGAGCGCUAUCCUCACCACUCGGAGUUCCACCGCGAGGUGAUUUACCGUAUGUGAUGCUUGCCAAGGCAAUAGUUUCUGGGAUUGUGUGUUUGCAGCAACAAAUGGAAGCUUAUUCUAAGCUCGACGGAAGUAUUACUGGGAAUUUUGAGAUUCCGGAGGCUGUUCCUCGAAAGGAUGUCAACGUUACAUACUACAAGGCCCUCCUCGACACAGUACCUGCCGAGUGGGUGAGCCUCCCAAUCCUCCUUCACUGCAUGGUUGAGCAAGUGUCUUAUUACGACACUUCUCUUGAGGAUAUGGCGGCUUUGGAAGCUGCAAAUGCCAAUGAGCGGUUGGCUACGGGUUUUGAUGCUUCCAUUCUGAGGCUAGGACAAGGCCUCUCUUGUAUGCGAAGGUCAUCUGCUCUUCUUCAUGACAUAGUGGAGGAGAUCAGAGCUAAGCAAGCGGAGGAAGAUUUGAACACUGUUGAAGAAAUGCUCAAGGUCUUUCUUGAAAUUGCUGGUAAUGAAGCCGAACGAAGGAAUGAAGAAGCAGAGAAACUCGCUGCAGAUGCGGCUGCAAAAGCUGCUGAAGGUGAAGUUGCUGCUACUGUCGAUGCCAUUGCCGUUGGUAAAGAACCUCCAGAAAAGAGAAAAUCUCACAGGAAGUCAGUUUUGAAACUGGUCCAAGAUUCUGAAGGGGACAAGAGGUCAAUGAAAGAUGGGCUGAAGUCCUCAAAAGACAAUGGGAGGAAUUCAUCAAAAGAUGAUUGGCAGAGGACAUCAAGGGAAAUGUCAUCUCGAACAGGAUUAACCCUGAAACAAGGCCUUUCAAAAACAGGCUCGAAGAAAGAAUCACAUAUUUCUUGGGAUCCUGCUGCCAGUGAAUUUAAAGAACUCGUGGGUGCGUCAGCUGAAAAGGGUGAUGAGCACUCGCUCGUUAUGUACGAGUUCAGCCGAGUUGAUCGGCUUGAAAGAACUGUGAAGCAUAAAGCACUUGAGUUUCUCGAUUCAGUAGACGUUGUUAACGUUGAGAAGCACAUGCUGUCACUGCUUGGAUAUCCAGGUAAGGAUCGAGCGUCUAUGCCCAAAAUCCCAUUCUUGUCUGAUGAAAAACGAGGUGCAUGCUUGGAAGCAUUGAGAUGGUUUGUAAGGGGCCAAUCAGACUUGCUCUCAAAGGAUUUAUAUUCAAAUUACAAACAGGAACAGAGGGAACAAACCUAUGGGCGUCCUCGGCUCAUGGAAACUCUGGAAAGGCCAGGAGGACCUAGGUCCAAAAUGGGACCUUUGAAUCUUGCCGCAAUUCAGAGAUACAAAAAAUUGAGAAUGCUUCUCGAGAUCUUGUCAGAGGAAGAAAAACGAGCUUUCAAUUUACCAGAUGAUUCCGAAAGGGCCCCUGCUAAAGGAUCGGAAGCCCUCACACCAAAAGAAGAGCAGGCAGAUGAUGACCUUACAGAGGAAGAACGGAAAGAACUUGAUAAAGGAAAUGAUAUUCUGCAUGAUUGCGGGUGCCAGAGCUUAAGAUCCCACAAUUCGGGCCGGCUUGUUUCAGAUGCUCCACCUAAGGAAGACUCUACGCUGUCAUCGCAGUCCAAGCGUCGAGAGCCGUUUCUCCCAUUUCAGCGUAUUACGGACUGGAGGUUCAUUGAAGCCCUUCCUUCUGGUCUGUUGGGUGAGGUUUACGGGAGAGCAAGGACGCGCCUUCCUUACAGAGCCUACAGGUAUGAUAGGGAUGAAGAUUGCAUGAUUGAGGCUCUGUACGCAGAUGAUAGAGACCAUGUGUGGCAAGGAGUAGUUGCGUCACAGAUCGGAUUUGGAGACUUCGUUGCCAAAAUGGACAACCCGUCACCUGCAAUGCUCGUCACUGGAAAGCAUGCAACAUACGACGUUGAGGAGAAAUAUGCAAUUGUGCUAGAAAGGUAUAAAUGCCAUCUUGCAGAGCAUCAAGGUCUAGUGUGGACUGGCCAUCCAGCAAAAACUGACAUUCAAUGGGAGCCUCAAACUACUGUGAUCAAGGAUGGCCAUAUUAUUCUACUCCGAGCUCAUGGCCCCGACGACAGUUCAGACUCGCCUAGAGUAAAAAGCGUGAAUGCAUGCUUGAGAGAUGGUAUUGUUGUCAGCUUCUUCAUUGAUAAUGAUGGGACAAUGAGUAUGCAAGUGACGAAUCCCGCAAAUCAAACUUUUGAGAUCACUUCGACUGGAAUAGUUCGCAUGUUCGCUUCUCAUCUUCACGCAUCGAAAGUAGAAGAAGCUGAGACCCCAGAGGGAGAAGUUCCUGGACGGAGAGGAGAUGGUAAAACAGCUGAACAACCACCAUUACCCUCACCUGCACCUCCUCCACCACCUAAGGAGGGAGCUGAGGGUGCUAAAUCCGAAGAACCAGUUGAGAAACGGAUUUUUAGAGAUCUCCUUGUGCAAGAAAAGGGCGAACAGGAAUCUUGGCGUUGCAUAUUGCCCACAGGGGCAGUUGUUCGGUACAGAAACAAUGGAGAUGCUCAGGUUUUAUACCGUCAAGGAAACGUGAGCGACUUUCGACAUGACUAUGAAGGGGGUCCCUGCUGGAUAACUGCAAACAAUGAAGGAUUCCUGGUCGCCCAGCGGGAUCCACGGGAAGGGGAGGCCGCUGAGAAAUUAGCAGAAGAAGAAUUGGCGCCUAGAGGAGCACCUCCACCUCCACCUGAAAAGAAAGUGUUCAUAAAGAAAGGUUCGAAGGCAGGUUCCCCGGCACUAGAAGUGCCAUCUGAAGUUCCAGAAGUGAGACCUAUAGAACCCACUGAUCCAAUAUUUAUCCCAUUACCUAAAUUGAAAGUGGAGCAUUUCUACGAUCCUGAAACUGGAGAUGAAGUGAUGACACGGGAGGAUCUGGUAGUUGUUAUAAAAAGCGAGAGAAAGAAGUCCACCUUCGUCCAGCAUGCUGACGGCACGCAGAUAUACAGUGUGAUCACAGAGGUUUGCUCUACUCCCGAGAAUGUGAUGUCACAAGGGGAGGCCAUGAUGGAUCAGAUUGCCGAGGUCUUUCCAAAGAAUCCACCAAGGAUUAAGCCCGAGGUAUUGAGGCCAGAGGGAGAGAUAGCCAGCAAGGAUGAGGGUGGGGAAGGAAACGAGUACGGUGAAAGGAGAGUAAGUGCUGGUGCCGGAGGGACAGAGAAAAAGGGAAGUGUCAGGCACACUCUUGCAGUGGCAGAUAAGAAAGAUAACCUGAUGGGUAAGAAGAACCCAUCAAUUUCUAAAAGCGAAGGUUCAGAAAAGCCUUACAUUAAACCUUCACUGCUGGAUCUCCACCCUCGCCCUGUUCUGCCCGAAAUAUCGACAACAUGGCAUAUACACAAAGAAGGCCUUGCAAAAGUGCAGGGAAAGUUUGGAUCUGAAACUCAACAAUCUGGAGUUUGCGUUGAAUUUGAGACAGUGGAUGGCCUCUACGCUGCAACAUGGUCAAAGCAGGCUCGUCAGAUAAGCUUGUCAAUGCCUGGAGGAGCUUCUUUGUAUUCUGUUGGGUCCACUAUUAGCUUUGAUCCAACUGACGGUUCUAAAAAGUAUGAUCCGUAUCAGACCGAAGAAGAUGACAGAAAGCAUGGGCCCUUCGUUAACACCAACGGCGUUUAUGUAUUUGAUGUGGUUGAGGGCAGCUUAACCUUUACGGACAACGCAGGACAGGGUUUCAGGGUUUUUGGGAGAGGUACUGAGUGGGAGACAAUUAUAAGUGGAAAGACUGCUACCCAGAACGCCAAAGAGGCUCCAAUAUUUGAGCAACUUCUUUUAGCGCAUGCCACAGCCAUACCAGAAGGACUUGAGCAGGAUCUUUAUGCAAAAGAACUCGCUAAAUACUUCCCUAAUGACCCACCUUAUCAGACUUCAGACCUGAGAAAAUCUCUAAAGAAAGGAAAUCCAGAAGUACCAGCAGAACCCCCGCCUAAGCCAGAGAAGAAGGGAUCAAGAGAAAAAUCCGUCAAAGAGAGUAAACUUGGAUCAGUACUCGGGGCAGAGAUAGUUGAAGAAGCUGGAUCAACCUCCACCCGUGUCGAUGUUCGUGCGGACUUUGAGUUGACUCCACUUGGAGAAUGGAAACCACUUCAUCCAAUCUCCCGACCAGCAACGCCCUCCCCGCCGUCAUCUGAACCAUCAGAACCAAUCAUGUUGGGUCCAUACCCACGCCUAUUUGUCAUUCAUGAAGCAGGCCACGGCUACGAAUUCCUCCAUGAAGAAAUGUACCAGCAGUACGAAACUGCCAAGUUUUAUGACAAGUUGUGCUCCAAAAAUUCUGAGAAAUAUGUCAUCUCUGAUGAAGAAGCUGUGUUUCACACUUUUGUAACGACAGAAAAUAGGAAACAAAUUGGUUUGUAUAAGCUGAUCAAAGAAAAAGAUAAUGAAGAUGAAGAACAUAAUUACACACCUUCGUUGACGUUGCCGGCGUCAAGACGAGUCUCUCUUCAUGCUAAGCGCGUUCAAGGCAAGCACAGAAGCAACAAAUUGCAGACUCGAACUAAGUGCGACUGGAUUCAGCUUCAGUAUUCGUUACCUAAGCUGCCCCGUGUUAUCAACCCAUCCACUCCAGAGAUUGACUCCAAUAAGGACACGUCUGGUUUUGUGUAUCGCCAAAUUGUGGAGCUACCAAGCAUUCAAGAGGCCAUUCAGAAGAAGAUGGACAAGAUUUUGGAAGUCUUUUCACGGUGGCAAUGGGUCAACCUUGAGUUGCAAGAGAUCGAAAUCAUUCCCGACACAAGGACCGAUGAAGAUAUACUGAUGGAAAGAUAUAUAGCAUGCCGCAUUCGAGAGAGCAAGAAGUUUAAGAAGCGAGAAACGUUACGAGCCUCUAGACUUAGUUUUCGAGGAUGAUUCACUAAUUGCAGAAGUGUGAAAGAUGGGCGACUAAACACAAUUAUUUGUAGUUGGGAGGCAUAGUGUGGAAAUCCACAUGGAAACUUCAGGCUGGUGGCGAGUGGCAUUCUGUAUAUCUUUCCAUGCAACUAAACCUUAAAAUAGACUUCUUGACAAGAUUUUAAUAUUUAAUAAAUUGCAACUUAAUAUAUUUUUUACAAUUCUUCUAUAAGAAUUAUUCCUUAAACAUA